AAUAAACCAAUCUUUUUCUUCCUUCGACUCAAUUCUGAAUUCUGAGCUCGGAUCCCAUCUCUCACAGCUAUGACAGAGGUUACGAAAAUGAAGCUGAAGGUUGUUAAUCUAGGGUGUAAACGCUGCUACAAGAAGAUCAAGAAACUGCUCUUUAAAUUUCCUGAAAUACAAGACCAGACUUUCAUUGAGAAGGAAGACACGGUGAUAAUCAAAGUAGUAUGCAGCUACCCUGAGAUGAUCAGAACGAAGCUUUUCUACAAAGGUAGCGAUACCAUCAAGAGUAUCGAGGUUAUACCACCCGAGAAGCCACCGCCACCGCCACGGCCACGGCCACCGACACCGGUGCGAACUCCAGUACCAGAGUAUCCAGAAUUCAUCUAUCCAAUUGGAGUGUACUGUAAGUCAUGCUAUGGGGGACGUGAUGGUGGCCCCUACCACCAUGGAUAUGGGAUUCAGCACCAACCACCAUCUUAUAAUGAAUAUGUAAGGCCAGUGCCAUCCUAUGAUGGCUGGGCUUCUGGGUGUCGCUGUGACAGAAGCUAUGGUUGCCGCAGUGAAUUCGAUAUUGAAGAAAAUCCCACAUGCACCAUCAUGUGAAUCAUACUCCAUCAUGAUUGUCGUUAUCUGGUUUCUUUAGUUCCUUUUCUCAGUUGGGUGUUGAGUCGGUGAUCAGUUCUUUUCGGUUCUUUUCUCGUCCACAACAUAAAGGUUGUAUAGGCCAAUAAUAUUUGUGGACUAAUAGAUGUUGAUUUCAUCCUUAGAUGCUUAUAAUUCACUUAAAAAGGAGAAUAAAAAGAUUAUCAAAAGCACCUUUUGUAAGGGCCCUUUGGAAGACGCCCUGAAUGUUUCAAUCCUCAGAAUACCCCACAAGGUACUGGUAUGGAACUCUGGUACUGGAGAAUUCUGCAACCAUUUGUGAACUUUAUGAUCUUUCAGGUUCUAUACAAUUCUGCAA